CAAACGUUCUCAAAAUUGGUGUAUUUAUUAUUUUAUUCCAUCAACCGACAAUGUGUGGUACUGUUGCUGUGGCUUGCAGUUUUAAUUAGUAUUACAGAGAUCGUGUACAAUUUCUUCUUUCGUUCGACACUGGCUGGCGGCAGCGUCUGGCGAUUUCAAUCGAGUGAGUACAUUCUGGAAGAACGGAUCGUCGUAGUCUUCGUGCUGGAAGGAUUCAAUCUCUUUCUCGCUAUAGGCGUCGGUAGGAGCGGCCAUUUCACACGGUUGCGAUAGUGUUUUCAAAGGAAUUUGACACGGUCCUGUGAAUAAAUGUCCUAGCAUUGUAAGCAAAUCAAGUCGAAAUGUGUUCCAGAAUAGUUUUAGUGCAGUUUGUGGCAUUGUUCAUCAUCGGACUAUGUCACCGGUGCGUGGGAGAAGAAAAAUCCCCUCUAGUAUUUACGGUUGCCAGCAAUGAGACGGAGGGAUAUCUGCGAUACAUUCGUUCAGCGAAGUACUACGGGAUUGAGGUAACCACCCUCGGUAUGGGAAAACCAUGGCUCGGUGGUGACAUGACCAAACUGGGAGGAGGCUACAAGAUCAACCUGCUCCGGGACGCACUGAAACCGUAUAAAGCGGACGACGAUCGGAUGGUACUGUUUACCGAUAGUUACGAUGUGCUAUUUUUGUCCACCAUGGACAAAAUCGUCGAAAAGUUCCAAACAUUCAACACAUCGAUCCUGUUCGGUUCGGAAGGAUUCUGCUGGCCAGAUGAGGAACUGAAGAGCAAGUAUCCAGUGCUGGAGGGCAGAGGUACACGGUUCCUGAAUUCGGGCAUGUUCAUGGGGUACGCCUCCAAGGUGUAUCGAAUGCUGAAGACUCCGGUCAAGGAUACGGACGAUGAUCAGCUGUACUAUACCAAGGUGUAUCUGAACGAACAACUGCGAAGUGACCUGAACAUAAAGCUGGAUCACACGGCGGCUUUGCUUCAGAAUUUGAACGGAGUGGAAGAACAGGUUGUUUUAGCCUUGACUGAAGACUCCAAGGUAGCGUACUUGAAGAAUACGGAGUAUUCCACGAUUCCAUACGUCGUUCACGGCAAUGGACCGAGCAAGAUUGUUCUGAACGGGUAUGCAAACUAUCUGGCGGGGGCUUUCGUCGACGGAGAGUGCAAAACGGUCACCGAAGAUCUCAUCAAGUUGAAUGAGGACAACCUACCGACGGUUUUGAUGGCACUUUUCAUCGAGAAAGCUACUCCAUUCAUCGAAGAAUGGUUCGAGGCUAUCGCCGAUAUCAACUAUCCAGGCUCGAAAAUUGAUAUUUUCAUCCACAACAAUGUCGACUACCAUAAGCCAACGAUCGAUGCGUUUUUAGAAAAGUACAAAGAUAACUACCGCUCGUUCCGUAUGGUUGACUACACUGACGAUUAUGAAGAGCUGGCCGGACGGUCGCUAGCUGUCAAUCAGUGCCUUAAAAAGAAAUGCGAUUAUCUAUUCGUAGUCGACGCGGAUGGUCACAUUGACAAUCCGGAAACCCUGCGUAAAUUGAUGGUGCAGAAUAGGAACAUCAUAAGCCCCAUGUUGAAUCGUCCGGAGAAGGUAUGGAGCAAUUUCUGGGGAGCGCUAAGCAACCAGGGCUUCUAUGCACGUUCAAGCGACUAUAUGGAUAUCGUCAGUAGGAAGAUCCUGGGCCAGUGGAAUGUUCCGUUCGUCUCUACUGUUUACCUGGUGAAGGCAUCAGUAUUACCGCAACUCAGCUUCGAGCUACAAGGUACCGAUCCGGAUAUGGCAUUCUGUUGGCAUAUGCGAUACAAGGGGAUCUUCAUGCACGUGAUCAACGUGGAAGAAUACGGUCAUCUGAUCGAUAGCGAUUACUACGAUACGACCAAGACUCAUCCGGAUUUCUAUCAACUGUUCAAUAACAAAUACGAUUGGGAGAAGAAGUACAUUUCGCCGGAGUAUUACCAACAGCUGGAAAAGGAUUACGUACAGACGCAGCCCUGUCCGGAUGUAUACUGGCUUGCGAUCGCGACGGAGAAGUUUUGUGAUCAUCUGAGGGAUAUUGUCGAAGCUUUUGGACAGUGGUCCGAUGGAACGCACAGCGACAAACGUCUACAGGGUGGCUACGAAGCGGUUCCGACGCGGGACAUUCACAUGAACCAGGUUGGGCUGGAACAGGUGUGGCUGAAGUUCCUGCAGUUGUACGUAAAACCACUGCAGGAGAAGGUGUUUAUCGGAUACUUUCACGAUCCUCCGAGAUCGUUGAUGAACUUUGUCGUACGAUACCGACCAGAUGAGCAGCCUUCUUUGAGGCCUCACCAUGAUUCAUCUACCUAUACGAUAAACAUAGCUCUGAACAAUGCCGGAAUCGAUUACGAAGGAGGCGGCUGUUAUUUCUUAAGGUAUAACUGCUCGGUAACGGAUACUCGCAAGGGUUGGAUGUUGAUGCACCCGGGUCGGUUGACUCAUUUCCACGAAGGACUUUUAACUACCAAAGGAACGCGUUACAUUAUGAUUUCGUUUAUCGAUCCAUGAACGUCGGCCUUUCCGCCAGCGUCAAGCGAGUGCACAAGUCAAAUGAAACUACUUAGCGUUUCUCGUCAACGUCGUCUAGUUAUAGUAUACUUAAGGGAGCGUUCCAUAUAAAUCAGAUCUGCAUUUCUUUCGUACUGUUUAAUGUGCCAUUUUGUUAGAUAAACAGUUUUCUUCAUUCACAGCAAAAUUUAAAGUCCGAAGUGAACAUAUCUUUUGACAUAGCAAUAUAAGAUGAAUUAUCAUGACAAUA